CGGUACCGGCCCCGGCCCGACCUAGCAUGUCCAUCUCUCUGUCCACGACGUCGACGGUGCCAUGGCUGCAUUGCGACAAGCAGUGUCGCGACUGCUGUUGUCGCCCGCACGUACUCGCCUUUCUGCUCCCAGUCGAACCCUGUUCACCAAAUCUUCCUUUAUCCCGCAAUCACCCGUCCGUACAGGCCUGUAUGCAACUGUCUUCGCCGUUUCAGCGGGUCUCUUCGCGGUAUACUACUUCGACUCUCGCUCUGCCAUACACCGUUAUGUCUUGACGCCUCUACUGAGAUACACACUAGACCCGGAGACAGGUCACAAGUUUGCCGUUCAAGUGUUGAGGAGUGGGCUGGGGCCCAAAGAUGUCGUUGCGGAUGACGAGAGACUGAAAUUCGAGCUCUGGGGGAAAUCAAUAUCCAAUCCUGUUGGUCUUGCGGCUGGAUUUGACAAGGAUGGAGAGGCAAUAGAUGGCCUAUUCGAUCUUGGAUUCAGCUGGGUGGAGGUUGGUAGUGUAACUCCAAGUCCACAGUCAGGGAACCCCCGACCGCGUUUCUUCCAUCUCCCUGAAGAUGCGGCAGUCAUCAACCGUUACGGAUUUCCUUCGCAGGGCCACAUGUCUGUCUUGAACCGAAUACGAGCGCGUAUACCGACGUUCCUGCAGGAGGACAACGACACCGCGUCGUUCCGCAGUGGAUCUGUCCUUGCCGUCAAUCUUGGCAAAAACAAGACCUCACCAGCAGAGUCAAUACAGGACUUUGUUGAUGGCGUUCGUAUGUUUGGGCCCUAUUCCGAUGUGCUGGUCGUCAAUGUGUCAAGUCCGAAUACACCCGGGCUACGUGGUCUUCAAAGUCGCGAUACCCUUCAAACCUUGCUCGAUGGCGUUACAAAAGCCCGAGACAACCUCCCUCCAUCGGCCGUAACGUCCGCUCCCAAACCCAAGCUAGUCUUGAAAAUAGCCCCCGACCUUGACGAGUCCCAGCUAGUUGACAUGGCAGAUGUGAUACGGAAUAGCCGCAUCGACGGUGUCAUCGUGAGCAACACCACCAUCUCACGACCUUCUUCUCUCCACCACCCAAGCAAAGCCGAAGCCGGGGGACUAUCCGGGGCUCCUUUGAAAGAGCUCUCUCUAUCUGCACUCAAGACGCUGCGCCAGCAUCUUCCGGAGAGUAUCCCGCUCAUUGGUUGUGGAGGUAUAUCAUCCGGUGAAGACGCACUGGAUUAUGCCAAGGCUGGGGCAUCCCUGGUGCAGGUAUAUACGGGCUUUGGGUAUGAUGGUGCUGGUGCGUGUAGACGUAUUAAGGACCAGAUUGUCGAGACGCUGGCAAAGGAUGGGGUUACGUGGGCAGAUGUUGUGGGUAAAGCCGUAAAGGAUCUUAGCUGGAAAGAGAGGGAGAAGGAGAGUGAAGUAUCACUGUUGACGAAGGAAGCGGAGGAACUGAAGAGGCUCUUGGAUGCGCUUGGAGAUAAAAUGGGAUCCGGAGAAGUUGGUGUCUAAGUAGAAACAAUGUCUCAUGGAAUUAUUGCCAACGCAUAAUGUUUCGUACAUGAUAUAAUUCCCUAGCUGAGCAUAGUUGGUCUUUAUUGGUGUGAGCUUGUACAAUUCCAAUUUCAUCACAUGCGUCGACCUGG